AACCGCAACGGUUCUUCUGUUUUCUUUUGUUUCCUCUGAAAGGAAUUUGACUUCAGAUUCCGCCAAAAUGCUAAAAGGAUUCCCUCUCCUCUUCAAGGUCUAGUGCGGUCCUUUUUUUAGGUCGCGAGUCCCGUCCUCUUGCCAGCAACAGGAGCUAGGUAAAAGAAAUUCUUGAAUUCGAUCGAGGUGCAAAUCCGAUCUUUACCAGGACUUUGAAGUUUUGAGCUCUGCGAUCAACUGGGGUUUAGGGUUCUUGAAGAUGGAGAACUCGGGGGAGAUGGAGAAGGUGGUCGCCGUGAUCAUGGUCGGUGGACCCACCAAAGGCACUAGAUUUAGGCCUCUAUCAUUCAACAUACCGAAGCCGCUCUUCCCUUUGGCUGGGCAACCCAUGGUUCACCAUCCCAUCUCUGCUUGCAAAAGGAUCCCCAACUUGGCUCAAAUUUUCCUGAUUGGGUUUUAUGACGAGAAGGAGUUCGCGUUAUACGUCUCUUCCAUAUCGAAUGAGCUGAAAGUCCCAGUGAGAUACUUGAAAGAGGAAAAACCGCAUGGUUCAGCUGGUGGCCUUUAUCAUUUCAGGAAUUUGAUUAUGGAAGACAGCCAUUCUCAUAUCUUUCUACUGAACUGUGAUGUCUGCUGCAAUUUUCCACUUACAGAUAUGCUUGAAGCCCAUAAAAGAUAUGGUGGGAUGGGAACAUUGCUAGUAGUCAAAGUUUCUGCUGAAUCAGCUAACCAGUUUGGUACACUAGUUUCUGAUCCAGUCACGAAUGAGCUGUUGCAUUACACAGAGAAACCUGAAACUUUUGUCAGUGAUUUAAUAAAUUGUGGUGUAUAUAUCUUUACUCCAGAUAUCUUUUUUGCAAUUGAGGAUGUAUCUAAUGACCGGGCAGACAGAGUUACAGCUAAUCUGCGGAGAUUAUCCAGCCUUGAUAUAUCCACAUCUACAAGUUUUCUCAACAGAACCAACAUUCCUACAGAUUUUGUUAGAUUGGACCAGGAUAUUUUGUCACCUCUCGCUGGAAAGAAGCAGCUUUAUACAUAUGAGACCAUGGAUUAUUGGGAACAGAUCAAGACACCGGGGAUAUCUUUGAAAUGCUCCGGUUUGUAUCUGGCCCAGUUCAGACUCACCUCUCCUCAUCUUCUUGCUAGUGGAGAUGGUACAAGAAGUGCCACAGUUGUCGGUGAUGUUUAUGUUCACCCAUCAGCUAAAGUACAUCCAACUGCAAAGGUUGGUCCCAAUGUCUCUAUUUCAGCAAAUGUUCGUGUAGGACCUGGUGUGAGGCUGAUAAGUUGUAUUAUUUUGGAUGAUGUCGAAUUAGAGGAAAAUGCAGUCGUCAUAAAUUCCAUUGUCGGAUGGAAAUCAUCUCUCGGGAGAUGGUCAAGAGUCCAGGCUGAUGGAGACUACAACUCAAAGUUGGGAAUCACAAUUCUCGGGGAAUAUGUGGUGGUAGAACAAGAAGUCGUUGUCGUGAACAGCAUCGUUCUGCCGAAUAAGACUCUCAACGUGAGUGUGCAGGAUGAGAUCAUCUUGUGAAGAUUUGGAGAUGUUUGAAGUUCAAAGCCCUCCAAGCUGCACUAUUUGGAAGAUUUUUGUUUUUGUUCCGCGAGAAAGACGGAGGGAGGGAUGCAUUGCCCCUUUUUUAUGAAUGAAUGUUCUAUUCUGUGAAAUUCCACCUUUUUUUUUUUUUGGAGAUGUAAAAAGCUUGGCUUCGAUGAACUUUUUUUUUUUUUUUUCCAUCUAAUGCUCGAGAGAUGGGUUGUUUAUUUGGAGAUUCAAAAGGUAGUAGAUCAUCUGGAGAAGGAGAAUGUUUCCUCAUCUAAACCACAAUCGCAUCCCACUACAUAUUGCCAAAGCCUUUGCUCAUAUUCUAAAACUUUUACAAUCACCUCUUGAUACUACAGCCAAUAUUUUACAAGAUAUCGCCAAUCUCUCCCCACAUAAUACCCACCCAAAUAUCCAACCAGAACCCAAUUCUAAGCCUCAUCUUGAGAAAAUACUUACUGAAGAGGAGCUUUUUAAUGAGGUUACCCCUACUUCCCCCACUUCUAAAACUUCCUCGAUCCCUUGUGAUCUACCGCGACUCACUUGCUCUUACUCAUCCAAAUCCUCUAAUCCUCCUGCUUGUCGAACCAAUUAAUUGUCCUGAUCUCAACCCUAUUACCAUGAUGAAGGAAGAUAGUGAGAAGGAGGUUGCCGAGAAUAGAUACUUUGUUGAAUUUCCUGGUGUGCAGAGAGGAGCUGAUGUUGAUCAGGAGGGUGAGGUGAAUGCUGGAGCCGUGGUGCCUGUACAAUUGGCUCAGGCAUUGAUGGAAUCUCUCUCUGAAAAGAAAGGAGUAUCCUGUAAAUGGAGCUGAAAAUGGAGCAAAAAAAAUAAAAAAAAUUUAAGGGUGUGCAGGUGGAGGUUGUGGCAGAACAAUCCGCUUCAGAUAAACAGAAAUUGCUGACAAAGAUUGCUUUUUCGCUGCUGGCAUAUCUGGAAACGAAGGAAUGAGAUGGUGUUUAAUGGAAAAAUUCCAAACCCAUGAGAAUGUUAUUUUGAGAAUGCUGAUUGCCCCUUUGAUGAA